UAUCCGUCUUCAAAACAAGAACAAACCUACCCCAAUCACACGCCAGGAAAUUUCAAGGAAAUAUCGUCGCAGACUCUGAAACUCCCUUCCGAAUAGAUCUGAUCCAAAACUUCUGGGCUUGGGUUUUCUAAAUUUUGAUCAGAUUUCUAACGAUCGGAGGUUAAUUUUGGGUUCAGAUUGGUCUAAUCAGGGUUAUUAUUCAAAGAUCCGACUGUUAGUAAAAUCAUCGACAUGAGUCGUCCACAUGAACCACACCAGCCCUUCUUCCCAUUUGGGAAUCCUUUCCGAAUGUUAUCAUCAUCUCAUUUGUCUCGAAAGCUUCUUAUACUAUCAAAUACUUUUGAGGAAACCUUGGCAGGGAGGCUAGGAAGGCUUAAUCCCAAAGACAAGGAUGAAGUCCUCGGCUUUUCAUGGAUGAAAUUAGCAAUGGAGUCACUUUGUGAAACGCAUAACGACAUAAAAACCCUCAUAACAGAGCUUGAACUCCCCGUGUGUGACUGGGAUGAGAAAUGGAUAGAUGUGUACUUGGAUGUUAGUGUGAAUUUGCUUGAUGUAUGCAUUGCUUUCAGCUCUGAGCUCUCACGGUUGAACCAGGGAAAUCUCUUGCUUCAGUGUUUGCUACACAAUUUCAAAUCCAACUCUUCAAAGCUGUUUAUCCGGGCCCGAUCUUCACUUGAUGGCUGGAGACAGCAUGUUAAUUCAAAGAACCCUAGAGUUGAAAACUGUUGCACCAUUUUGGACAAGCUUGUGAAGUCACUGGAUCUUCCCAAGGUUAAGAACUCAGCCAAAGGUAAGGUUUUAAUGAGUGCUCUUUAUGGAGUUAAGGUGGAGACAAUAUUUGUCUGUAGCGUCUUUGCUGCAGCUUUCUCUGGUUCUGGUAAAAAGUUGCUAGAUUUAAAUGUUGCUGACAAAUUUAUAUGGGCACAAGCUUAUACUGCCCUGCAGACUAGUGUGAACGGGGAAAUUAGAAAUAUAUUGUCCAGUGGACAAUUUCCAGUUUUGAAAGAACUUGAAGCAGUUGAUACAAGUGUCAAGAAAUUGUAUCCCAUGAUUCAAGAUGGUGUCGACCUUGUUGAAGUGGAAGUAUUCCAGAAUUCUGUUUCAGAUUUGGGAAGGAGAGCCGAUAAACUUUCACAAGGACUAGAUCUUCUUACAAAGGAAGUGGAUAGCUUUUUUCAGUUAGUUUUAACUGGGCGUGAUGCUCUGCUUUCUAAUCUAAGAACAAGUGUUACUGAUUCUGAUGGAAGGCUUAUGGGAAACGGAAUAGAACGAGUUUGAAGUUGAUUAUGCUGGAACUAAACUCAAUCCGAAAUACAGAUGGGUUUGGGUAUGUGGUUUUCUGUUUUCCUAUCUAUCAUAGUGUACCUUGUUGUGUCGCUUAUCAUAUCCAGUAUAGUAUGAGUUGCAAGGAAUGUUGUGUCUCUGUGCUACUGGAAUGCAUCUGUAUAAAUUACAAUGUAAUGUUAUUACUAUAUGAAAGAAUGUGGCGUUUG